AUGUCACAAGGUCUUUUCUCAUCAUCUUCAUCCUUGUUUCGGAGCGUCGCCAAUGCGAUUCCUUCCUCCUGCCGCUGGAGCUCAAGUUCGACCGCCGCGUUGAGCGCUUUCACCUCCCAGCGCACAUCUCCUUCUCACAGCCAGACUCCUCGAGCCACGAUCCGGCGCCGACUACCGAACCGCCUGCGAUUCUUGGAGGAACAAAAGGCUCAGGGUGAGAGCCGAGCCCUGGAAAAGUUCCAGACCCGCGACUGGAAGGCUGGUGAUGUCUAUGCUCCCCAUGACCUGAGUCCAGCCGAGAUGAAGAAAUGGGGCAAGCGCAAGAGCCCUUCACGGGAUGCCUUUGAUGCUUUGAACUUGAACCCAUUGGACCUUUACAGGAACUUCUCGAUCAUGUCCGAAUACGUCUCCCCUCUCGGCCGGAUCAAGUCUCGUGAACAGACUGGUCUGCGACCCGUCAACCAGCGCAAGAUUGCCAAGGCCAUCCGCCGGGCCAUGGGUCUUGGUCUCAUGCCUUCUGUCCACCGACACCCCGAAAUUCUGGCCGCAGAGAUGAAGGCCAAGAUGGACGGUGGAUUCCGGUAG